UUUAAGUCGUUUUCUUCAGAAAGCCGCAUUGGAUGGCAGCCGUGUUAGAAAGCGCUGUGGGUGUCAAUAUAAAGUGACGGCCAUAUUUGCCGGUGCCGCUGUUGUAAACAAAAAGUGAGAGACAGACGCUUCACUGAAUUUCGGGUCAUUUUUAUUUCUUUAAUUUACAAUGUCUUUGGGAAUGUCUUACAAACCCAAUGUCCAUCAGCACAUUCCGGGAACUUCUGGGAACCAGGCUGGAAACCUUCCUUCCCCCUCAGCAGCCAACCUGGCAACCCUGCAGUCUUACAGGCCCAUUCUGAGUGACUACGGACCUCCAUCUCUGGGAUUCUCACAGGGCUCCACCGGCGGCCAGGUGCCUCAGAACAAAUAUGCCGAGCUGCUGGCCAUCAUCGAAGAGCUCGGGAAGGAAAUCAGGCCCACGUAUGCCGGGAGCAAGAGUGCAAUGGAGAGACUGAAAAGAGGUAUAAUCCAUGCCAGAGGACUGGUGCGUGAGUGCUUGGCUGAGACGGAAAGAAAUGCACGGUCCUAGCCGUCAACAUGUAUUCCUCCUUGCAGGCAGAGCUUCAUUUCUUCAGAGGGUGGGAAAAACAAAAUGCAUGGCAUCUCCACUGCAGGGAGGAAGUAAAUGAACAAAUGAUGGAAGCCCCAGCUCUUAGAAAGAGGAGGAAAAUAAAUCCAGUAAUGCAGUUCAUAACUCCUACGAGUUCUGGAGGGUCACUUCAAUCAUGUGUGGGGUUUUUGGGAAUCAGUGUUUUUUUUUUUUUUGUUUUUUUUUUCUAUUAUUGUUUAAUUUUUCUAAUUUUGGGAUCUUAGUUUUGACUUCUUCUAUAAAUACGUUGGUAUAGAUUCAUUUUUUUUGCAUGCGAACGGACCCAUGGGUUCAAUGUAGACACUGCAUGGCUUGUACAGAAGUAGAUAGAUUUUUUUUUUCUCUUUAUUUCUUUCGUUCAUUUUUUUUUUUUUUUUAUAGUAUUCGGUCUGGGUUUCAGACCCUUAUAGCAAAAGACUGAGCGGUGGACACGUGUCAAAUGCGUCGGUUCAUCUGUGAUGGGGAUUGGUUUUGGUAUUAAAAGCAAAAAAAAAAAAAAAAAGAA